AACGUAAGUAGCGCCGCUGUUUGAAUAAUCCACGGAAACAGACGAGCUCGUGACCGAUGCAACGGGUGAACCGUGGCACGAUGCAGUUAAUUACCUGACGAAGUUUAUUAAUACGUAGAAUGUUAUAUUUGUUUGACAAGAGGCAAACGGCGAGUGUAAGUUGUGUGAGGAUCAAAAGCAACUAAGUUAUUUCCUAACGGGCUUGUUGUUGACGUAACAUAACUCGCUAGCCUAGCUUGCUAAUGUUCGCUAGCUAACUAACUGCAUCGUUAGUAACUGAAGUUGGAAGCUAGAAUCUCGGAGCCGCAGAAUGUAACGUCGUUGAAUCUCAGAUAGUUGCUGCUGUAGACAGUCUGUGGACGCGUGGAGGAGAAAGGAGUCUUAGACAGUUAGCACUGAGAAUGACUUAGCCCGAGGCGUCUGGAGAAAGUUUUACGAAGGAGCUCAGGGCGGAAGCAGUACUUUAAUCUCCGUGGCAAGAAAGUACAAUUAUUCAGAAAGUACACAACGACCUCGAGGUGUAAGAUGAAGGUCAUGGAGAGGAAUGUGAUGCGCCUGGUAGCUGUGCAGCACCUCCGCACCGCGUACGGCAUAAAGAUAAAGAACUGGAACAAAAACAAAGCAGCCAGCAGCAAGUCAGCAACCGGCAACUCGACCAAGGUUUUUGGGGUAUCCCUGGAGAGCUUGCCUUACUAUAAUAUGGAAUGUGGGAGUGUACCGAGCUUUCUGGUUGAUGCGUGUAUGAAGCUCUUGGCGCAUGUCGACACAGAGGGGCUGUUUAGAAAGUCAGGCUCGAUCGUUCGCCUGAAAGCACUCAGGGCGAAAGUGGACGCGGGCGAGGAGUGCCUGUCCACAGCUCUUCCCUGUGACGUGGCUGGUCUGGUGAAGCAGUUCUUCAGGGAGCUACCAGAGCCUGUUCUGCCCACAGAGCUGCAGGAGGCCUUUCUCAAGGCCCAGCAGAUCUCCACUGAGGAGGAGAGGACCUCUGCAACCCUGUUGCUUUCCUGUAUACUGCCUGAGAGAAACCUAAGCAUUCUACGCCACUUUUUUGACUUCCUUUCCAAUGUGUCCCAGAGGAGCGCAGAGAAUAAGAUGGACAGCAGUAACCUGUCUGUAAUCCUGGCUCCAAACCUCCUUCACUCUGGAGACUGUCCGGAGAAGAUGAAUGCCAACACUGAAAAACGCCUCAAGCUGCAAGCAGCUGUGGUGCACUGCUUCAUAGAGAAUGUCAAAAACUUUGGUGUGUUACCUCAGUUCCUUCUCGAGAAGGUUCCAGUCAUGAUGGGCUGUGAGGCAGGAGUUUUGUCCCCAGCUUGCGAUGAUGUUGAUGAUUUGGACUUAAACUCAGGGAUAAAGAAGAAACACAGACGCAGCUUUGGAGAUAUGGUCAGUGGUGCUCUCAAUAAGAUUAAAACUAAUAAAACGCCCACAAACGUUACCCAAGCAGACAGUCUUGUCUUCUCUUCUGCAACGCCUGUGAUUGCAACACCGAGCUCCAAACGAAAACUUCCAUUGGAAUCAGGUCACUCUUUUGGAUUUUCAAACAAGAAACGUAGAUCUGUGAAAAAGAACCUUGGGAUAGAUUUACUUCCCAAUACUUUGUUCGGCGGAAUGUCCACUCCUGGAUCAGCUUACAGCGCUUCAGGAGUUCUGGACUCCUCACAGAAUGUCCUGUCCCCAGCGGGAAGGUCUAAAAGGCAGUCUGCUACUUCUGUACGAAGGAAGAGUAGGCGGCUCAGCAGCAGACAUGCUGUCAGCAGAGUUGAAUCUGGAAGAGCUGGCUGCUUCUCUCCUAAGGUCGACAAAAAAGAAGCACCACGCAAGUCUCUGCGCUUGCGCUUCAGCCUGGGGAGGAGCAGCAAAGAUGCUGGAUCUGAGUCCAUUGGCUGGAGACUUGCCACUCAGGAGAGCACCACCAGCUUUCUGUUCACCAAACAACCAGACUUCAGUCCAUCAGUUCCUCCUAAAAAGUCAGAAUCAAACUGUUCCAAAUACAUGAGUAAGUCAGAAGAUAACUUGCUGAGCCCACACUGUGCCCACCGCAUCUCCUGGAGUGGGGACACACCUCUAGCAGCCCAGGUUUCCAGCGGAGGAUCAUUCACAGACACUCCCAUGAAAGUCUGUCUAAAGAACAGCUAUGUGUCUGAGCCUGUCAUUGUCAUAACCAAGCCCCCUGCUGGGACCAGACUCCCCCAGAAGCUGUGUUGUGUUUCCAGCACCGAAACCCUUGAAAAUGAAAAAUUUGAACCCCCGACCCAAACUUGCCCCACUCUCCUAAAAACAAAGGUUACAGCAGAUUCUGCUGCUGAAUUCCAGGAUGUCUGUAGCUCCGGUGACUUCACAGAACCUAAAGACAACUUCCCAGUCACCCCACUGACUCCGACUGUCAAAGUACUGUCUGAGGACACCAAGGCUCCCAGCUUCACGCCCCAGAAGAGCCUCCUGGGAAGCCAACAGAACAUCACCUUUGGCCUAAAUGAAAUUGCAGGUUUGUCUCCUUUGCAUAUAGAUAGUAUUGCUUUUGAGUCUGGUGUGUACUGUAGUCCAGCAGCAAAGGCUGAUGCAGAGUCUGUCUCUACUGCUGCUGUUAGUAGCCAUAUCAUGUGCAUGGUGCAAGACGGUGAAGAGGAGGCAGAGCAGAUGAACUGCAGCAGGUUGAUUGAUGCUCUGGACAUUCAGAGUCCUGCUCACUUCACACUGGGCGCCUCCUCUGGCCUUCAGUCUACUCCAUACAAGCCAGGCAUGGAGCUCAGACAUGAGCUUUGUACUCCCCCUAGAGGUAGUAUAAUCAGUGCAGCGCAUGAAGAAGAAGUGUUCCCACAAAUUGCUACCAGAAUCCAAAACCAGCAGCGGCUCUCACCUGGAACCCUGGAGACUGAGAAACGACGUGUGGCAGACCACAUCCAACACUUCAACAAGCUCACCCUUCAUUCUCCCAGGAGCACCAGGGCCCAACAAAGCCGACCACCGCUCACCUUCCAGCGCACGCCUGUGCGUCAGACCGUGCGCAGGAUCAACUCUCUCCUGGGAGAAGACAGGAGACCUGCCAGAAAGGCUGAGCCCCCCACUGGCCUGGCCACCCCCGUCAUGAAGGCAGUGAGCCUGGAGAGCGGCCUGUCCCCUCACCCGCAGCCUCAGCCGCACCGGGCAGAGCCACCGGGUGAAGGCGGCAGCAGCAGCACUAGCGGGUUCCCGGUAAAGAAACCUCCCCCAGUGCCUCCUAAAAGGUCCAGCACUCUGGCACGUAGGCCCAAGGUCUGCGCUCUAGGCGACGUGACCAACAUGGUCCAAGCAAAGGCCAGAGUGGACUCUGUCCCGGGUCCAUCCGGAGUCCACAAGGUUCUGGUGCAGCAAGUAGAGAAGAGCAUGACCCACUAUCGAGGGUCACCUCGGAACCCUCUCAACCAGGGGCGGCUGCUGUCGGCCACUAAACCUGUUGAUUUAUAGGCCUUUUUUUUAUUAUUUUUAUUUUUUAAGUUUACCUUCAUACUAUGCAGAUGCCUGUCUGGUAAAAGCUGCAUGUCAUUAAACAUUCUGACUUAUUAUCCAUCAUAUUUCCAGGGUUUUAAUUUAUUUUAGCUACAAAUACUGUUGGGAGAUGAAAAACGACACAUUUGAUGUAAUCUAGUUUCUAGUGAUUAGGAUGAAUGUGAAACGUGGAUGAUGGUUUGACUGGAAGGGCUUUUAUUUAUGCAUUGUAUAUGGAAUGAUGACAUAGAUGUUUGGGGGGAAACCUAAGUUGAAAAUGUUUUAUUUGAUGUUAAUGAAUAUUUUCUCAUUGCUUUUGUCAACAGAAAAUGCACCUUUUUGUUACAGAUUCAGCCAAACAGUAUUCAGAUCAUUUGUAAGUUGCAGCCUGUUAAUUUCAGAAUGCCAAAAGAAUCUUGUUAACGGUGUCUGGAAAAAUAAAACAUCAUCUCUAA